ACCGGAUGUUUUUGUUUUGAGCAAUAUGGCGUCCAGCGCUAAUGGAAACGAUCGUUUGGCCCAUUUUUGGUGUUAAGAAAUUAUCUGCUGUGCCUCUGUGUGUCCGGAUAAACGUGUCUGUAUGGACUUUGUGCUGUUCACCUUUUCUUUCUGGAUGUUUUACCUCUGACUCAUCUCCCGGCAGACUACAAACACAUUCAAGUUAGCUUAGCAUGCUAGCUGGUUAGCACCGCUAGUCAGAGUGACUGAGGGAGAGCAAACUGUGUUUCUGACGGAGUUUGUGUGGAGAAAAAGUUGGUGUCACUGUGUGAAAAAUGUCUAAAGUCCAAACGGUGAGAGCGCUGGUGGAGCAGCGACUGACUGCGGCUGCUGAAGAGAUAUUUGGGCUGUUUGAAAGAACGAUAGCAGAGUACGAGGAGGAACUUUGUCGUUCAAGAGAGAAGAACGAGCGACAACAGAAACUACUGGACGAUGUUUUCAACCCUCAGCUUCACUUACACAGAGCAGACGUCCAGCAGCUGUUGGUGAGUGAGGAAGAGUUUCCCUCUGAGCAGCAGAAGAGGAGCUGCAGUCUGGACCAGGACCAGGACCAGGACCAGGAGGACCGAGAGCCCCUACACAUUAAGGAGGAAGAGGAGGAACCUUGGACCACUCAAGAGGGAGAGCAGCUUCAGGGGCUCACAUUCACUCCUGUCCCUGUGAAGAGUGAAGAAGAUGAAGAGAAACCUCAGUACUCACAGCUUCAUCAAACACAAACAGAACAGAUGAAAUCAGAAGCUGGUGUAGAGGACUGUGACGUCCAGCAGCUGUUGGUGAGUGAAGAAGAGUUUCCCUCUGGGCAGCAGGAGAGGAGCUGCAGUCUGGACCAGGACCAGGAGGAGCCAGAGCCCCCACACAUUAAAGAGGAACAGGAGGAACCUUGGACCAGUCAGGAGGGAGAGCAGCUUCAGGGGCUCACAUUCACUCCUGUCCCUGUGAAGAGUGAAAAAGAUGAAGAGAAACCUCAGUCCUCACAGCUUCAUCAAACACAAACUGAACAGAUGGAAACAGAAGCUGAUGGAGAGGACUGUGGAGGACCAGAACCAGACAGGAACUCUGGUCCAGAUCCACAUUUACAACCCGAUACUGAGGAGGAGCCUGCAGACUCUUCUGAACCUGAGACUGAUGACAGUGGUGAUUGGAAGGAGACCAGAGAACCUCAGUCAGGUUUGAACUGUUUAAAAAAAGAUGGUGGUCCUGCCAGAGAUUCCAGAUUUCGUGCUGGUGAGAAACGAUUUAGCUGCUCUGAGUGUGGGAAAGGAUAUUGCUACAAAUACCUUCUGAAUAGACACAUGGUUACUCAUACAGGAGAGAAACCUUUCAGCUGCUCAGUUUGUAAGAAAUCUUUUGCCCAAAGAGAUAGUUUAAAGUCACACAUGAGACUCCACACAGGAGAGAAAAUUUUCAACUGCUCAGUGUGCGCUAAAUCUUUUAUACGAAGUGGGCAUUUACAGCAACAUAUGAGAAUCCACACAGGAGAGAAACCUUUCAGCUGCACAGUUUGUCAGAAAUCCUAUUCACAUAGGUAUAGUUUAAAGCUACACAUGAGAAUCCACACAGGAGAGAAACCUUUCACCUGCUCAGUUUGUAAGACAUCUUUUACCCACAGAGAUAGUUUAAAGUCACACAUGAGACUCCACACGGGAGAGUAACCUUUCACCUGCUCAGUUUGUGGUAAAGGUUUCUGUGGAAGCUGGUAUCACAAAAUAUUUCACACAGGAGAGAGACCUUUCAGUUGCCAUAUUUGUAGCAAAAUAUUUACCUGGAUAUCACAUGUCAAAAAGCAUAAAUGUGCUGGCCGCUCGUCCUCAAAGUGUCUUCAAAUUGAGGAGAACAAAGGGGCAGAGCCUCCAGCCAGCAGCCCACAUUAAGAGAUGCAAACAGAAGCUGAUUGAGAGGACUGUGGAAGACCAGAAGCAGCCAGGAACUCAGAUCCAGAUGGACCAGAUACUGAUGAGAAGACUGGAGAUUCUCCUGAACCUGAGACUGAUGACAGUGGUGAUUGGAAGCAAACUAGAACUAAUAUUGGUAUGUAACUAGAUGAUCUUAGGAAUCCUUUUGUACAAAAUAUGUUGUGAUCUCUUGUUGGGAAGGGGGUGAAAUUUGUUUAUUGAGCAUGUUAUAUAUCUAAAAAGCAUACUCUUUAUUAAACUCAUCCAACAACAAUUCCAAGCAGAACUGUUUUUGUUAAAGUACUCCUUUUUCAAUCUUUUUAAAGGACUCAAGAAAGAUUUUCAAGUCUUUUUUAAAUGCUACAAAGCUUGUAGUAACUUUAAUAAAUAUUGAUUGUGUGUGUAUGAAAUUUACCUAAAAUCACAAUAAAAUUAAACAAUACUUUCUUUUCCAUGUUGUGAUAUAUUCAUUUCUUUUUUGUUUCUUUUUUUUGUUUUACAGAACAAAAGUUCACAAACUGAUAAUUUGAUUCAAUAUUUGAUGUAGAAGUGUACCAUUUACAACUUAAAAACAUUCUUGGUUUGAUGUGUGAGGUUGUUGUUUCUCACUAAAAAGUUCUCUGGA